AUGUCUUCCUCUCCCCAACUGCUCGAUGUUCUGCUUGUCGGGUAUGGCGCUGUGGGGGUAAUGUACACAUACUUCCUGGAGAACUCUGGACGAGCGCGUGUUACUGCAGUGGCCCGUGGAAAUUACGCUCUUGUCAAGGAAAGAGGAAUCAACAUCGAAAGUGGGAGACUAGGGAACCACCCCGGAUGGAAACCCUUCAGAACAUUCAACUCUGUUGCAGAGGCUGUGGACAGGCGCUAUCACUAUGUUGUGGUAACCACCAAGGCCUUACCAGAUGUCUUGCCUACGUCGAUGUUGCUUGCUCCAUUACUCAGCCUCGAAUACAUGUUCCCGCAACCGACAUAUGUUUUGGCACAGAAUGGGCUCGGGGUUGAAGAAGAUCUAUAUGCUGCUUCGAAGGCUCGCUUUGCGCAGGAGCCUGUUAUUAUCACUGGAGCUGUGUUCCUUGACGCCAGCCUCACAGAUUCGCGAGAUGGUCUCGUACAGGGGACAAUGGAAAAGCUCCUCGCAGGGCUGUACAGAGGAGAUGAGAGUCCGGCACCUACCCCGGAAAUGACAGCGUCCCUCCAGGCAUAUGUGGAUAUCAUGAAGGCCGGAGGCAGUAAUGCUUCUGUUGCAGAGAAUAUACAGUGCGAGAAAUUCAUGAAAAAUCGUUGGAAUGCUGUUGUGGCGAGCUUAUGUACGCUGGCUCGUUCGCCGCCACCAGCCAUGUCCGUCACACCUCGACUGGAGGAGAUUGUUGAAGGGCCGCUUCACGCCACAUUGCAAGAACUAACCGCGCUUGGACAAGCACUGGGUUACCCGAUCACUGGAGAAGAUGCCCAGUUUUUGACGAACCGCACUUUGCGCGGGUUCAGUAAGACGUCCCCUCAUCUGCCUAGUAUGCUGGUAGAUGUGCAAAGAGGAUCACCCUUGGAGGUUGAGGUCAUAAUUGGCACACUUGUACGAUGGGGAAAGAAGCAUGAUGUAGCUAUGCCAAGGCCAGUUCAACUUAAGCCAACACACGACUUUGCCAAAGUCUAA